AGUCGUCCGUUGAUUCCUCCCUCCAUCAUCGCUCAGCAUCCCCAUCGAAGCUCCCAUUGCCAUCCUCAGCCCUCCUCGACGAACUCAGAGAAUGUGCCACUCCUAUCAUGAUUGUUUUCCGUGACUGCCACUCAAACCACAAAGAACUUUUCGUGACCACUUUAGGGAAUGCCAACAUUGUUCUCCCAAACAAAGGCUAAUGAUCUACUUAUAAGCUUCGAUCCUUGCAUAAAUGCCCUCUAAAACUACUCUCCCCCCAAUCCUAGCCAUCCUGUCUUCCACUACAAGUCCUGAUCCCUCAUCCCACUCUGGUGGAGAACAGCCAAAAAAGAAGCAGAAGGUGAACGAAGGACAGUUUAGGCCCAACGACGACAGCCAAAACGAAGAAGACGAUAGCCGUGAAGCUCGUCGGAGGACCCCCAGACCCAUCCCCUUUGAUCAAUUCCUCUCAAUGCCGUUCGAACUCCCUGACCCACGUAACACGACCGGCCUACCCACUGCAGACGAACCUUUCCCAUACAAUAAACUUGCUUGUUCUGGUGAAACCCCUUCCGUUCUUCCGACAGGCUCUGCCACCCCUUUCACCAACACGGCCUACCCCCGACUCUAUGUCCCAUGGAAUCACCUCACUGCCGGGUUCCCAGAAGACCUCCGGAAGGCCAUCGCCGACUCUCCAGACAAGUUCAUGGCAGGGCUCCCAUACGGUGCUGGACCAAAAUGGUACGCCGACAACCCCAGAGCCGACCUCCUACUCAAAGAGUUCCUUGACGGUUUCGAUUUUCCGGACAAGGGCCCUAUCACGGUCUUCUAUCCAGUCGAAGAAAAAGUGGGGAAGAAAGGGAAGAUCAUCGAGGAGGGCCGAAAGAGGAAGAGUGCCUUCGAUAAACCGUGGCCACUAGUCGUCACCGGUAUUUCGGAGGACUUCAUGAAGUACCUCAUCUGGCAACAAACCUUCGCCAUCCCCUCCCGCAUCGUCUGGAAUUUCGUCCCGUUUGACCCCAAAGCUCUCGCAUGGGUCGUCGCAGCUUUCCAAGGCAACGUCGUCCGCAACGACGCGACCCUUAUAGCUGAAGCCCUAGCUUGCCUGAAAGUGGAGGCGUGGCGCAGCGUGCCCCUCCAAAACCUGGUCAAACGAAUCACCCAGGCAAAAGGCAAGUCGGGGAACCCAAUCGAGCUCACGGUCAAGAUGACCCAGUCCUGGCGCCUCACCUACGUCGAGACAAAGAACCUCGAGGACGACAAAGGACCAGUCUUCCUACUCAUGGGAGAGCCCAUUACGGAUGACUUGGAUCUCCAUAGAGCACUCACCGCCCAUAUUCGCAAUCUCAGAGUCCGAGUCAACUACCAACAGUUGCUAAACGUCGACAAGAUCAUAGGAUGCGACUGGUGUAAGAACCAGAACCAUCCGAGUCAUGCUUGCCCCUUCCCAGGAGUGGACUCUGCCUGGUAUGGCCCCACCGCUGAUGAACUAAGGCUUCGCAUGAUGAAAGCAGGACCCCCCAACGACCCAGGCCGGAAACGGAAAGAGGGGAGCUCCAAGCCAGGAGGGCGCUCCAAGCGAGGAAAGAACAAGGACGACGAAUGGAGCGUAGUUCAGCGUGGCAAAAAGCACUAGUUUGCUUACCACCUAUAUGCCGUUUCAUGUACCACGUACCUUUCAAUAGAGAUCCUUAUGUACCCGC